GAGAGCGCAGGGCGGAAGUGCGUCUGCUGUCCCAGCUGUACUGAAAACAAAACAAGACGAGCUGCGACUGCACCAUGAUGGAUGAGCUGGUACAGGACCUGGUGUCUGCUCUGGAGCAGCCCUCAGAGCAGAGGAAACUGUGGGAGGAAAUGGUCCUGAGUCCGUUGCAGCGACGCCGACAAAUCCGCCGUCGCAGAGGCCGCAAGCGCUGUCGGGAUUCCUCCCUCUAUUCUCUGGAGCACAGACGAUACUGGAUUGAAGCCUCUGAGUCCAGCUUGGAUGAAGCCAGAGUGUUCAGAGGGAACUCCUCCUCAACAGUCGCUGCCUCAUUAGCCAACUGCAGUGACUCGGAUGACGUGACAUCAACCUGCCGAUGGCGCUCCGUCAUGAGAGGUCCAGUCAGGACUAGACAGCCCUCCUGGCCAGAGUCUGACUCCUUCACUGAGAAUAAUCCUGGACGGCAGCUCAGGAGGAGGAGAAAGGUCAAAAGAAUGACCCCAGACAUCACACUAACGUUGCAGCAGAAGUUGAAGGUUUCAGGUGUAGAUAGGAGGCGGAGACACAGGCCUUCUAGGAUUCAGCAUCUUUCCGGAUCUAAGAAGAGGUCUGGUGGUUGGGUUGCUGCAGAUCACCAGACUGAGGGAGCAAGGCAGAUGGGAAACGAGUGGUGGAAGAGGAAGAUGGCCAAGAAACACCGAGAUGCUGCAGAAGAUAACAUGUCUGAGGGGGAAACCAGCAGCACAUGCAGCAGUGACCCCGGCCUGUUCACCAAUGAUGAGGGAAGACAAGGCGAUGACGAGCAGAGUGACUGGUUCUUUGAAGGGGACUGUGGAGUUGGAGCUGGUGUGGCCGGCCUGCUGCCCAGCUGGGACUCAGACAACCAGCUUUCCCUUGAGGAUAAUCCUUCGCCCACCUUCCUGCAGCCUGCACGGCCCUCUCAGAGAGGGAAUCGGUAUCAUUCACACCUGAAACGAAUGCCUGGCGCUGCCUCCUGCUGCAUUAGGAAGGAUAGAAGACGGCUGCCCAGCAAGGCAAACAGCAUGCCAGUGUUUGUCAAGAGACUCCGACACUUUUCUCAAGAUUCGUACCAGAGAGAUUUUUGGCUGCCUUCUGUUGGGAAACGAGAAAGAUCCCAGGUAUGUUUUUAUAUCUCGAAGCCUUUGUGUCCUAUUGACAUGAUGUCAGGCUCCCGUCUCAGAUGUCCCUCGUCAGUCUGCAGAAACAGGCAGACUAACGUCUCUCUGGGACUGUUGAGCACAGCAGAGUCCAGGAGGAGGGAAAGAGGAGCUGCAACUACCACAACAUCAGCUAGCAACCCAUUUCAUAAGGAUCACCAGGGGGAGGAGGCACAGGGAGCCAGCAACACCUCCACCCAAGAGGCUGUGGGACCAAACACCAAAUUUUCCCAGUCAUUCACCUCUGCACAUCCUGAGAGUUUAUCUUUUCUUACAGCGGGGACCAUAAACGAGGCUGGACAGACACACCUAAGUCUGGACGAGCGUGCUGAAAGCAAAGCUACAGAACCAGAGGAAGAAAAGAGUGAUCCUCCACUUCCUACGGAAUCUUAAAGACAAAGAAAAAAUACAAUCAUUUCUCCUAAAAUCAGCAUGUGACUGCCAGAUCCACUCUUUCCUGCUAGUAUAUUAAGCAUGACAAAUGUUAAUGCAAUCAAGCCUUGUUAACCCUCCGCCAUCUCCUCAAGGAAGAAAGCAGCUUCAAGAGGCCCCUUGUUUGACUCAAGACUUGACAGCUCCUCCUGUUUCCACACACAUGGUCUCCAGGCCACCUGCUACCAUAAAAUACAGCAAUUAUGUCCACUCUAGUAGCACAGCGAUUGUCAGUGGGAACACUGGGAAGGGGGUCAGGUAAAUGUUUGGCGGCUGUGCAGUUUUUUUUUUUGCUCUAAGUUCAGCAGCACGUAGCUAGCUUCCAGACACAUUUGAGCAUCAGAAUGUUUAGCUGCCACAUGCUGCUACAAAGUUCAGAGAGGCAACCACCGGUAGAGAGCCACACAAAGUACAGGCCUCCUAUUAACAUGGAUUUAAAAAGCUACAGUGUGUACAAAGGUGCUCAUUAGCACAACACAGAGGGAGUGUGGUCGCCAUCCUCGGAGGCCUGCCUCUGUUCUCCUCAGCUUACCUUCCAUAUUCAAAUUUUGCCCAAAUGCAUUUAAGUUCAAGGCCGGCUGCAAAUCCGUUUGAACAGGCCUUUUUUUUCGGUAGUGGUGGAUUAGUUGCUUUUGGCGCUGUGCAGAGAGAGGCAAAGAAAAGGAGUCAGAGGAGCUGCUGGAGACAGCGAGGAGAGUCGUACACCGUCUUUUCACCUACCCUUGGGGUAUACAUUUCUCUGACUCGUGCCCCAUCAGAUGCAUUAAAGGAUCAAUGGCAGCAUACAGUGAGAUCAAACGCUAACAAUUUUCCAAGCUGGAAAACAAGCCGCAUUUUUAGAGUCUUUUUUUUUUAUUGUAGUAAAGUGGACUCUACAGUAUAGGUGAUAAGUGUUGAAGUCUUUUAAAAACAGAAGUGCUACUUCUGCACAUAACCAGCUUGCUUGCAAUCAUCCUGAAAAGUAUUUUACAGGGGCAGCCGUUUUCUUUUUUGUGUUAUUUUUUUAACAUGCCCCCCCCAAAAAAAACUUGUAUCUAAAAUCCUCCUAGUACAUAUUACACAGGUAAGCACUUACUAUAAUAAGCGCAUAAGAAACCUUUUUAGUGAAUCCAACCGUAUUACAUUCAGCUGCACACUGCAUGUCUUCUUAGACACCUUAAAGUCUUAUUUAAGAGAAGAAUCUCUUUAGUAGAAUGAGAUUUGCCAAUUAACAUGAGUUAUAUGUCUGCAAUAAUCCGUCUGAGAAGGCUUUAUGUGAUCAUGUUGGCCAGGGAUGACAUUUAUAAAUGCUGUGUGUGCACACUCGUCUAAAUGGAUGCCUCACACAAGACAUCCUGCCACAGGAAUCAGUCAAAGUGUAGAGGAAGGCAGCAACCCCCACCCCCUCCUGCCCAAGAUACUUUUCAUGUAUCUGCUGCUCGAGCUGGACCUUGGAGUCCGAUUGUGUGCUCUUCCCAGCCCAGGAAACACAGCAGAUUGAUAGAAAUAUCAACGUUUGAUCGUGGUAAUAAAAAUAAAAAAGAGAGAUUUUGACAAAUAUAUUGGGGACUUCUUUGAGACAUAUGCCCCUUGAUGCUGAGGUAUUGACUGUAUGGUAUUUUCAGAAGCUCUUCUUGCUGUGGCAUUAUCUGUCAGUCUGUGUUUCGGUGACAAAGCCUUGACAGGGGAGGAGGACGCAGCAUUUCAGAUGGUGUUACAUGAGAAGUAUGCAUGGGAAACACCUCACCUGCCUCUCAGGUAAUUAGCAGCCACCAUAUCGACAUCUCAGACAGACUGUAUGCCCCCAAAAUGAAUUUCCAAUGGCCAGGAAGUUGGGAGAAUGGCUUCCGCACAGCCAGUCAAUUGCCCUGUUACAGUUAAGGAAUCCAGCGGCUUGGUACCACUCAUAUUUCAUCCAAGGUAAAGAUUACCUGUCAGGCCCAUGGGAGAUGUAUUGAUCUGUUUUCCUUUUUCCGCCAGCAAUCACCUGACAAAGGCACCUAGGAGGCGAGUGAAUGAGUGAUGCCUGGUCUGUCUGCUCCAGCACCGUGGCUGGUAGUGUCCACUGAUGGGUGGAGAAGUGAUGAGGAAGAGGAGAGAUAAUGCAGUCAUAAACUCUGUUUGAACCUCCUCUGUAUGCAUGCAGGGCAGCCCCCUCGGUCCCCUUCAGGGUCACAGGUCAGUGGGGAAUUUGCUUUUUUUUUUGUGUGUGUAGCUCCUUUCUUGUCAGUGGCGUUUGUUCUUGCUGUGUAGACUGUAGUGAUGAUAGAAACACAUGCAAAAGAGGCUCUCUGGUUCCUGCUGACAAAUGCAUGUUGCGAGUCACCGUAGUUCAACUCACUUUGGGUUUCAAAAGAAUCCCAGUUUGAUCCGGAAACCCUGCUCACAAUAAAAUCCAACCUUGUGUGGUCAGGGUUUCUGGUGACUGUAAGUGUGGCAAUACAGCACUAUCAAGAAUCAAUAUAUUAUACAAUAUGUAAUGUGUUUUGGCAGCUAAAACUGUAUAUAUCUGCCUUGUUCAGUUGAAUGUCAGAGUCAAUUUAUGAGAUGUGCAUUUAAAGUGAUUUCACUGUUUUAAAUGUGUUGUAUUUAAGCAUCAUAACAGGUUCAUUAAUUGAGGAUUUUGGGCUGAGGACAUUAAAUUAAAUUUAAUAAUAGAUAAAAGUUAUGUCCCUGUUUUUUUACUGGCGUAAUUUUAAAUUCAUUUACAAGGAUUUAAAUAUAUCUCCAUGUUAUCAGUGCUCUUAGGCAGCUAUCCACAUUUGAUAUGUUGUACAAAUAGCAUCUUAUCUCACAGGCUGUUAUCUUUAUAUUUAAUAGGAGCGGAGGCAUGCCUAAUUGCUUUGCAAAUGAUCUAAAGAGGAUUACUCCUCACUCAGAAAGCCUGCAUGUUGUCGCUAGAUAUUAGAGAGACAUUAAAAUUUAAAAAAAAGGAAUCUGACCUGCAGUGCAGCGUUUAUGAACUGUCAAAAUACAUGUCAGUACGAGGUUGAUUCUCUGCUGUAUACACAUAAUAAUGAACUAUUAUGGGUUCAAACUGUUUAAAGUUUGUAAUGUGUUAGACAUUUGCCUGUUUUCAAAAUGAUGCAACAGGAUUUUUCUAAUGAUGUAAUGUCUUAUCUUCAUGUCUUGUGAUGUUGAAAUCAUGUUGAGUAUUUAUAGGAAUAAGUACUACAGUAUCUAUUUAUUUCAAAUGCUGAUUUGUGUGCAAUAAAUGAUUGAUCAUGA